GUUACAGCGAAUCCAACAGGCCCAAAUUUGGCCAGAUCUUUCCCACAUAUUUCAUGCGAAUUAUGCCACAACGAGAGUAGUGAAAAAGAUCGAAUUGUUGAAUAGGUUCACUCUUCGUUUGUCCUGAUUUUUCUCGUCUGACUUUUACGGGAAACCAUGAACAAGCUCACGUAUCUUCUCGUCCUCUUGGCGUUGUCUGUUCCUUGGUUGGAAGGAUACGAGUACCACCCGAGCUCUCAAGAAGAUUCUUCUCCUUCGGACAGCGAUGGCAACACGUUCUAUGGACGAUUCCUUCGUGGCGCUCAUCGUCGUCUGUGGGGUCCCAGUUCCGGCGGCUGCAGCAAAAUUGCUAAAUUCUUUACCAGUUGCUCCAAUCGCGAUCAGUACACCACAGGAAACCAAAGUGGCGGCGGCAACCACCCCAAUCGCCCCGAUACAAUUCGCCCAGGAAACAUUAUUGACGUGUUGAAAGGAGAUCGCAGUCAAUACUCUAUUCUCUUGGCUCUGCUUGAAUCGGCUGGACUGACUGAAUCAUUGGAGGGAGAUGGGCCAUUUACAUUGUUUGCUCCCAGGAACAGUGCCUUUAUUGGUAUGGAUGCCGCGGCCCUUCAAAGUGACCCCAUCGCGCUGCAACAGAUAUUGACCUAUCAUGUGGUGGGUGAAGAAGUCGGGGCCUUGGAGAUGCAGACGGGUCAAGAACUCCAAACCCUGCAAGGGGGGAACAUUACUCUUACCGUGGAUGUUUCGAUCCCUUCGGUCAAGUUAAAUGGAGACGCAGCAAAUGCGGUCAUGGUGGACAUGAAAGCUUCCAAUGGCGUGAUUCAUACCAUCGACGCUGUACUUACGCCGACCUCUGCAUCAACCUCUUCAUCCGGGACCCCAGCUCCAGCUGCUGCGACUCCUGCUCCAGGGUCUGCUCCAGGUCCUGGAACGACGACCGCUCCGUCAGCUGCCGCUGCAACCACAACUGCUCCCACUACGCCUGUUCGUUAGACGGCGGUGCAAAACAAACGCAUGUCAGGCAUCGUUGUGGCUUGCUGUACCUUCAUGGUCGAUCCAGAUAUAUAGCUGGUUUGAUUCAAGUGUCAGUGGUUGUUAUGAGUAAUGGGAAACUUUGUUGUCUCGAGUCUAUCUAUUUUUCUACCCCGCUGGUCAAUAGCAUUAGAAGUAAUGUAUAGCUAAUAUAUCUUUGUUAGGGGUGUU